CCCUUCCUCCUGUGACCACUGCGGGUCCCCGGCGCUGAGCGGCGGGACAUGGAGGACCAGGACGGCUACAUGGCCUUAGAGCAGUGGAGGAAACGAGGGGCUGCGGGGAGCCCCCCGUCCUCCCCGGGGGCAGAGGCCGAGGGGUGCAGGCUCUGCCCCGUGGGCUGGAUGCUGGGCAGGACCAAGUGCUACUGGGUCUCGGAAAGGAUGAACUCGUGGCACGGGAGCCGGGAGGACUGCGGGGACCGCGGGGCCGCGAUGGCGAUGCCGUGGGACAAGGACGAGCUGGAUUCCCUCAAUGAGACCCUGAGGAAACCCACGCGCCACUUCUGGAUCGGGCUCUCGGUGCCCGCGCCCGGCGUGGGCUGGACGUGGGUGAACGGCUCCCGCCCGGACUGGAGCCGGUGAGGAGCGCUGGGGGGUCGGGGUGGGCACCCCCCUGUCCCCCGAGGGCCCCCCGGGGGUGACACGGGCCCCCUCCCGCAC